AUGGUCAAACUUGACUUUGGCUUUGGAUCUGUCUAUUCUGAAAACAAGAUUUUGGUGAAGCAGUCACCCAUGCUUGUGGUGGAUAGCAGUGACGUCACCCUCAACUGCAGGUAUUCUCACAACCUCCUCUCAAAGGAGUUCCGGGCAUCCCUGUACAAGGGAGUGAACAGUGAUGUGGAGGUCUGUGUUGUGAAUGGGAAUUUCUCCCAUUCACAGUUUCACUCAAACGUGGGCUUCAACUGUGACGGGAAUCUGAACAAUGAAACGGUGACAUUCUACCUCCGGAAUCUGCAUGUUAAUCAAACAGAUAUUUACUUCUGCAGAAUUGAGGUCAUGUAUCCUCCUCCUUACCUAGACAACGAGAAGAGCAAUGGAACUAUUAUUCACGUGAAAGAGAAACAUGUUUGUCCUGAUCAGGCAACUCCUCAGCUGUUGUGGGUACUGGUCGGGGGUGCUGGAGUCCUGUUUCUUUAUGGCUUGGUAGUGACAGUGGCUCUUUGUGUUGUCUGGAAAAAUAGCAGAAGGAACAGACUUCUUCAGAGUGACUACAUGAACAUGACACCCCGGAGACUCGGGCCCACGCGCAAGCAUUACCAGCCCUACGCCCCUGCCAGAGACUUUGCAGCCUACAGCCCCUGACAGGGACCCCUAUUCAGAAGCCAGCCGGCUGGUGCCCUUCUACCUGCUCAACACCACUGCUCUGGAUAGGAAAGGACGGUCUCAUCUUCAGCCGGCCACUUUGGACCUUCACUGGGCUACCUUUGUUAAUUGUUUCAGAGCAUCUUGAUCUGACAUCACGGUCGUCUUGAGACUCUGGAAUGAAUUUAAAGAAACUUCCAUGGCAUGUUAAGUUCUGCAUGCCUCGACCCAAACUCAAGCUUAGUAUAUUUAUUGACUUGAUUGAGAAGUUAGAGCAGAGAAAACAAAAAGUGAGAGGAUUCAUUCAGCAUUGGAAGUCAAUUUCCAGGAUCACUCUGGUUCCCUUCUCACUUACCUGUACAUUUCAGUCAUGUGAAGUGUGAUGGCUAAAGAUGUUUUAGAUGGAGUAGAAAGGCUAGAACAGCCUUCUCUUUGGCUAAGUUGAUGUUUAGGGUGGGGAUAGGUUAGAGUUGCAGAGUACAGUACUUACCUAUUUGAAGAGAAUUAAAACACUGUUUCCCACUCAUGAAAUGAGCCAUUUAGUUCCUGUUUAGUGUUUUCCUGUUUAGAAAGCUGUGGACAUUUUUUUAAAAACUGAAUUCUGACCAUUUUUAAUCAAUUUGACCAGUGGAAUGCCCUCAAAGCACCCCAGGGCUUGCUUUCCUCAUUCCCUGUCUUGGGAAUUAAGUAUUAUUAAUAGUCACAACAUGAUUUUAGAACUAAAUAGCCUCCCACACCAGGAAGAAUGCGAGAGGAAAUAAGGUCACUUUAUAUAUAUAAAAAAGUCUGAAUGCUAUGAAGGAUUACUUGUUUAGUAGCUUGUUAGAGGCAAAUCAUUUAAGUUUCAACUUCCCACAGUUGCUUUCCUUAUUGCCUUUGUGGGUAUCUGCAGUAGAAUUCUGAAGUUGCAUCUAUAUAGUGCUAGUCAUGAUACUGUGAAAAAGGGGUGUUCCCAGGAGCUUCCUCUGAGGAAGGGGAUGAGGCAACUCUUACCAUGUAUUAAAGAGAUGAACAUUUUCCAGACAGCAUCUUAGGGAGCCCCAGUUCAAGUUCCUUUAGACACUAAAGUUUAGAGGGACUGUAUUUGUUCUAGGGCUCAGAACUCCAGGAUUUUUGUGAGCUGUAGAUUCAUUGGCAUGAAAAAUCAUUUUGGAGUGUGUUUUUAGGGACAACAUUGAAGUUCUCAAGAGAACGUGAAAGGCCCGAUACUAGAAAGAAAUGAACGUGUCUUUUCUUUGCCUCCAGUUUGGAUCAACUGGAAUAGAUCCGGGGGACCUUAAAGAAUGAGUGUCUACAGCUGUCUUUGCCAUUUGUUUAGUGCUUUGAAUUAUUCAGAGGUUUUAGAGGCAGGUAGACCUGGCAUUACUAGUUGAAUGGCCUCAGGCAAGCCACCUCAACUGUAAAAUGAACAUCAUGAAACUUGCUUGUUCCCCCUGCCUCUGCCUCCCAAGUGCUGGGAUAACAGGAGUAUACAAUUAUGCCCAGCUUGUAAUAAAUUUAAACCCAAACUCAUGAGAAUCUCCCAGCUUCAGUAAUUUUCUAACUAAUUGAAAUAGUUUAUCUUGCAAUCAACCAUAAGGCAUUUCCCCCUACUGUUGUUUUCUUUAAACUUUUUUUUCCCCAAUAUGAGGAGGAAGAAAUGGGAAUCUUUUAAUUCUAGACAGACGAUAUCAUGCUCUGAUAGAUUUUUUUGAAAUUGGCUUCCACUCUGUGCCUUUAAUUAAACCAGUGAAGGCCGAGGUCAGCCCGACUUGUAUGAUGAAAGAUGGCCGACUUGAGCCAGGCACUCACGAUUGCAGCCAGCCUUUUGACAUGUAGAGUUCUUGAACCGCAGUUAUAAAAUUGCAUUUGAAAAAUGACACCACUGGAGAGUUUUUUAGAAAGGGCAAUGACAAAUAACAAACACUUUAAGUGGAAAGAUUUGAUCUUUGAUAAUCAAUAACUUUAUUUUCUAACUGGAAAAGGAGGGUUACUGAAGAUGAAUCACACUUGAGAUUUUUUUUUUUUUGUGCCUACUCUGAACAGAACCAAGGUGUCAUGGGUGUUUCACUAUUGGUAUGAACCAACAAAUGCUGUAAAAAGCAUGGUUUAGACUAACACUUUUGCCCUUUCAGAUGUAGUGUGCAUGAAGUAAACGCUGUCACUUGCUGCUAUUAUUGCAAGAGUCUUGGAGUUAGAGGUAUGCCUGUAAUUUUUAAUUGUGAGCUCAUAUAUUUGGGACUGAGCAUGCCAAUUUGAAGAGACCCAGUGUACCUUAUACCUGCAUCCAAUGAUAAAAUGACUACACUAACAUGUGCCUGCUUUUAAAUUUGUGCUUUAAUGUUGUCCCCAGGAUGAGUAUGCAACGAAUCUGGACAUAUUUUGCUCGUUGAAAGAGUGUAUUAUAAAUCUUUUUACAUCUCUGUAUUCUCUCUCUCUCAUGUCUACCUGCUCCCCUGACUCUCUCUCUCUCUCUCUCUCUCUCUCUCUCUCUCUCUCUCUCUCUCUCUCUGUGUGUGUGUGUGUGUGUGUGUCUCCCCUUCCCCUGACUCUGUUUCUGUUUCUU